AGCGCGCUUCCAUUGGUGCCCAUUCGCACGCGAGAGGUAUCGCGAAAAGACAGGCCAACCCUCCCAACAUGGCUUCCCCCAGCAGCGACAAACCUGUGUCCGUGCUCUUCGUAUGCCUUGGAAACAUCUGUCGUUCGACAAUGGCAGAGGGGGUGUUUCGCAACCUCACAAAUUUCGGAACACCCGAACAACACCCGCUGAUCAGCAACGUCGACUCAUGUGGUACUGGCGCGUAUCACGCGGGCGACAGCCCCGAUAGCCGUACCAUGCGCGUGUUGCGGGACAAUGGGCUGAACAAUUACCAACACGCCGCUCGCAAGGUCAAAGCACCGGAGGAUUUUGAGCAGUUCGACUACCUGCUCGCAAUGGACAGUGAGAAUUACAACGAUCUCCGAGAUCUCGUCAAUAGGGCGAAGAAGAAGGGCACGCUCAGCGAUGAGGCUCUGGACAAGAUUCAUCUCUACGGGGAGUUUGGGGGCAAGAGCAAGAGGGAGGAGAUUGUUGAUCCAUAUUAUGGUGGAUCGGAGGGCUUCACGACUGCUUAUGAGCAAGUGGUCCGAUGCGGUAAUGGGCUUCUGAAGCACAUCGAGGAGCAGGCGAAGAAGCAGGGCAAGUAAGGUGGUUGUCUCCAACCUAAAGUACCUGCCCUCGCCUUCGUGGUAGACGAUCGCACGAACCAAGGAGAAUCCAAAGGCCCGAUGCUCAGCUAGACUGUCAGGAGAUCAAAUAACGGCGUGCGGAUCGCUUCAUCUGGAGAUCAUUGGAUGCUUGAGCCUCUCAGCCUUGCGACUGCGACCGUUCUACAAAUAUCGUGUACGGCAGCUUCGCCCACGUGCAGGGUCGCACGAUCUAUGACUAUGGUUACCACGUCCACCAGCGCUGGUGUAAGUAACGAAGCAGUGCAUAAGCCCAACCUGCGUCCACAAGAAUGA